ACUUGACAACCUUACUUCCUACAUUUCCACGGCCAAACGACUGAAUUGCCAAAUUUCGUGUCACGAAAGUGUAUCGGUUUUUCGCUAAAAAGUGAAAAGAGAAUCAUGUCGACGUCGAAGAAGCUUAGCUCUGCCGCUCUUCCGCACCUUCUUCGCCGGAGAUACUUCCCGUCAACGGCUUGUCCUCCACCGCUUCAUGAUGCUCGCUCACCGUUUCAACUCUGCUCUUCCUUCCCUGUCUCGAACUCAGCCGUCGAGCGCUCUAGCUCCUCUGUUGCCAUCGCUCGCUUUCUCCAGAACCCUCGGGUAUUUCCUAGAAACUGCUUCUGCUCUCAAUCUUCGGGGGAAUUUAGCAACGCCAGGUGCUGGAACUGCGAUGCCCAGCCUGAACCAGGUCUAUUUCUUGUUUGCGAUUCCUGUGGUGUCAUCCAACCUGUCGAUCGCUCCCUGGAUUACUUCCGUUUAUUUGGGCUAGAGAAGAAGUAUGAGAUUGGGGAUGCUCAUUUGCAUGAUAAUUACAAAGACUGGCAGAAGAAGUUGCAUCCUGAUUUGGUUCAUUCGAAGUCCGAGAAAGAGAGGGAUUUUGCUCGAGAACAGUCGGCUAGAGUGGGUGAUGCAUAUCGCACGCUGAUCAAUCCUCUCCUUAGAGCAAUGUACAUCAUGAAAAUUGUGGGUGUGGAUGUAAAUGAAGAAGAAACAAUAUCAGACCCAGACCUGCUAGUUGAGGUUAUGGAGAUCAGAGAAUCUGUUGAAGAGGCACCAGACUCUAAAGCUCUAAACAAGAUUCAGUCUCAGCUACAGGAAAAAAUAGAUUUGUGGUCUAAAUCUUUUGCAAAUGCAUUUGAAAGUAAGAGCUUCGAAGAAGCUAAAGAUUGCAUCCGGAGAAUGACCUAUUAUGAACGUGCAAUUGAAGAAAUAGUGAAGAGACUCUGAAAGGCCUUUUACAAUGCAUAUACCGUUGUGGCAUGCACAACAGAAUCAUUCCUACUAUCAUUAGCUACUAACUUGAAGAACCAGAGGCGACUUACUCCCGAGUGACACGCAACACGUAAAUGCAGCUUCCAAGACUUCAAGAUCAGCGUGCCUGACACUCCAAAAUCAGAACCCUUGUGCUUGAGCUUCAUCUGCUGACUUUUCGCCCCUGAACCUUAGCUCGAACUAGGGAGAUAGUUGCGGGGCCUUGCGGAAGUACAAUGCUGAUGGUACCAAGGUGAAUUGUGUAAUGAUAUUAAUAGCCAAUAGCAUCAAGCUGAACUGCAUGUUCUUUGUAUGGGAGAGGGAAAUACCAAAUAAUUUAUAGCUUUUGGUGGUUUAAUGUUGAAGGGAAGACAAAAUAAAAGAGCAACUCUGGCCCAUGCUAUACUUGUCUUGUUUGCUGUUUAGGUUGGCCUAUUAUGGACCGGUUGAGAAGCAUAAUAUAGAACCUGAAAUGCUAUUUAUCCCUGUUGAUGGAG